GGCAACUCGACCGGCCUGCCAGCUGAUCUCUCUUUACCUGAAGAUUUUGGAUUAAUUAAUGAAUUAGCGCUCCUCACCUGCUUGCCUUCCCUUCCCCUCGCUUUGUGAACGAAAUAAACGAACACCAUGCCUCAGGAAAAUGAAUUCCCAGCCAUGAAAAACGACAGGCUGUUAAAAGCUGCCUGGGGGCAAGAGGUUGACGUCGUCCCUGUGUGGGCGAUGAGGCAAGCUGGACGAUACCUCCCUGAGUUUCGGGAGGAACGCGCAAAAUGUGAUUUCUUCACCAUGUGCCAAACCCCAGCGCUAUCAUGCAAGGUGACCCUACAGCCCUUGGAUAGGUUUCCCUUGGAUGCCGCUAUUAUAUUCUCCGAUAUUCUGGUGAUUCCUCAAGCGCUUGGAAUGGUGGUUGAGAUGAGAACUGGAGAGGGCCCAGUCUUCCCUGCCCCUCUACGUGAGCCAGAGGACCUGGCCAAGCUCGGGUCUCCUGCCGAUGUCUGCUCGAAGCUCCAGUAUGUGUUUGAUGCUCUCACCCUCACUAGGAAAGAGUUGAAGGGGAGAGCUCCUCUCAUCGGCUUUAGUGGAGCUCCAUGGACCAUAAUGGCCUACAUGAUUGAGGGCAAGGGCUCAAAGACCAUGAGUCUUGCCAAGGGCUGGCUGUACAAGUACCCAGAAGCGAGCCAUAAACUCUUGAAAAUAAUCACAGAUGCAACUGUGAACUAUCUCGUUGGCCAAGUGAAGGCAGGCGCUCAGUGUCUCCAAGUGUUUGAAUCCCAUGCUGAACACUUGGGCCCAGAGCUCUUCAGAAAGUUUGCUCUGCCAUACCUGGAGCAGAUCUGCAACGAGGUGAAAGAGAGGGUUGCAAAGGCAGGGCUCAAGGAUAUCCCCAUGAUUGUUUUCCCCAAAGGAGGCCAUUUUGCCCUGAAGGAACUUGCAGCUCUAAAGUAUGAAGUAAUUGGCAUUGACUGGACUGUAGACCCAGCUUUAGCUCGGGAAAUUGUUGGUCCAAAUAAGACUUUACAAGGGAACUUAGAUCCUUGUGCUUUGUAUGCUGACAAGAAAUUCAUCGAUAAUGCUGUAAAGGAGAUGAUUGAGAAAUUUGGUAGAAAUCGCUACAUUGCCAACCUUGGGCAUGGCAUGUACCCAGACAUGGAUCCAGAGCAUCUUGCGGCAUUUGUCAACGCUGUCCAUAAAUAUUCCAAGAAGGGCAAUUAAGUUGCAUUUUAUUUCAGAAGAACUGUGAUAAAUUUGAUUAUAUUUGGACCAAUGGUUGUAAAUAUUCAGAGAUUAAGGCUAAUGUGAUAAGUAAAAAUUUGAAAAGACAUCACAGGAAUCUGUGCUCAGUCUCGCAUUGACCAUGGCAAUCGACUUCUCAAUACUGAUGGACUUUGGUUUUUCUCCCACUCAAAAUAUGCACAAAUGCACUAAUUUCCUUUGUUUUGUGAGAAAUGCAUGUAACAAGACCUGUUUAACUGAAUUUAAUUUAAUUAAAAUGAUAUUCAGCAUAUAUCUACACCUUUUUAGCAAGUCAUAAACAAUGUUUUGUCUUAGUAAAAGAGCAUAGUUCUAGCACAAGCCAUUCAAUCUAUAUGAUAUAGCUGCUAAUGCAUUUAUUCAAGUAACUUGUAUAGAAUCUUAACCUUUUUAGACAAGUAAAGUCAAAGGUGUAUAGUGCAUUUGAUAGAAACAACUUGAUCAGUGCAAUAUUUCAGCUAGUGCAUUAUGUUAAGACUGAUUGUAGCUAAGUUUUAUAGGGAAAGUAUACAUUAAAGCUUAUGAUUUUUUCUUAAAAGAUUUGUUUCCUUUGUCGAAAUACUGUGAACAUGCCCUUUUUUUCAGAGGCUAUAAAAGAAAGAAAAAAGUUUAAUGUAUGCUUGAAUUCUGCCUGGUUUUAAAUUGGGAAUGAACUCAUAAUGGAUAACAAAAUAUUUUGGUUACAAAGUGAAAGGGCAUUAGUCUCUAUCACACGGUAGUCAGGAUUAUAGUGAACUGUCAAUGCCUUAGUUGUCUCUGCCUCAUUAUCAAGCCUUUCGACUGACGAGCCCAGCCAUCGGUCACCAGGGCAUCGACACCUAUCAUUGAAUGGUGCUUUAAUUUUUGCACUAGUGGAUUUCGUGUUUUCAUGUUGACGUAAAUAAUGUCCAGUUGAAGUGCUUGUCUUGAAGAUUUGUUGGCCUUUGAAUAUGUAAUUGUUAUUUUGAGAGAACAUGUUACUAAAGAUAGUUAUUUUCAUGGUAUCAUUGCAAAACCAGAAAAAAGUUAUAUAUUUGCAGUAGCUUUUAAUCUUUUCACGUUAGAUAUUUGUCUUCCAGAUAAAAGUGUCUAUGUAAUAUGUACAUUUAGUUUGCCAGUAUUAUAUUAUUUAUUUAAGAAUGUACCUAUAGGUAUAGUGUACUUAUUCCAGUUACUUAUUCCUAUUGACUCUUCCAAAAUGUAUUAAUAGACUACAAAGUGCAUUUCACUUCCGCACAAGUGUGUCCAGCAUCUACCAUUUGCCUGUUAUUGUGUACAAAAAUACAAGGUGAAAUAUGUAUACUCGUACAAUCUGGAGAACAAACAAUUUUGAAAAUAAAAAUUGAAACCUUU